AUGCCCACGGUGCCCUUUUUCGGUUUGAUAAGCACUCCUCGCGAUCCGUCAGAGAGUCUGCAUUGGGGCAAAUGGACGAGGGGCGUGUGUAUAUCUCUUCGGAGAGCCCUACAUUCGAAUCAAUCGACUGACCAACAAACAAUCCCUCCCCAAACCACCACAACAAUGCCCUCCACCACCAAACGAGCCAUCGACCACCUCCCCGCCCCACCCCCCUCGUCCUCAUCCUCGCAACCCCACCGCUCCCUCCAAGUCCUCGUCCUCGCCGCCCCGCGCUCAGGCUCCACCUCGCUCGGCACCGCGCUGCAAACUCUGGGCUACAAGACCUGCGUGGGCGUCGCGCAUAGUUAUUUCGUGGAGAAUCAUUUCCCGUAUUGGACUGAGGGGAUUGGGAUUGGGUAUCUUGGGUGGGAGGGGGCGGCGUAUAGGGUGGGGGAGUUUGAGAGGUUUUUGGGGGGGUAUGAGGCUGUGACCGGAUGGGGAGCUGCGUUGUUGGCGGAGGAGUUGGUCGAGGCGUAUCCGGAGGCGAAGGUGGUGUGUACGGUGAGGGAUGCGGAUGGUUGGGUGGAGUCGUAUCGAAGUACGAUUAUGUGCACCUACCUUUCGUGGAGGAAGUGGCUUUGGUUGUUGCCUCUGUGUGGUGGUCUCGAGCGGGAGUUCGUGCGCUUCAAGGACACCGCCAUACACGCCUGGAGUUACGGCAAACCCUUCGACAGGGAACAGCAAAAGAAGUACUACCUCGACCACAACGAGCGCAUAAAGAAGCUCGUCCCGCAAGACCGACUGCUGAUGUUUGAUCCGAAAGACGGAUGGGAGCCACUGUGUAAGUUUUUGAACCAGGACAUCCCGACGACUUCCUAUCCGCACGCAGGAGUCCGGACCGGAUUUCAUGAGGCAAUGUGGGUGAUCUGGAGACGGGCGGUUAUGAGGGCUGCACGCAAUGUGGGAGCUGCAGGUGUGGUGACUGCGUUGUUGGUCAUGACCGUUCGGAAGUACUGGCUGGGAGGAAAGCUACCGGUGGUACCCUAUUCGUUGGCGGGAAGGCGCUGA